AUGGCUCUUACUGGCAGAAUUACUCGUGAAUUUGGAAACCCCACAUUUCUUGUUUCUCUUGACUUGGAAAGAAACAAUUUCCAGGGAAAUUUGCCUCAAGAAAUGGCACGCUUGCAUCGGCUUAGGUUUCUUGAUUUAAGUUUCAACAAAUUCAGAGGGGAGGUUCCUUCUUGGAUCGAAUUCAUUGCAUUUACAGCCAAUAGCUUAUCAGGAUAUCUUCCCAAUGGUUUAUGCAAUGGUCUCCCAAUACUAAAAGGGCUUUAUCUAUCCACAAACAAGCUUCGCGGUCAUAUGCCUACUAGCUUACCAAAUUCACUAAUUCAAAUUUUGUCUUUAUCAGAAAAUGAGUCUGAUGGACCAAUACAUAGUGAAAUUGGAAGAUUGAGUAACAUGCAGAAAUUGGCCCUCGGAACUAACCAUUUCACUGUGUUAGCCAUGGAGAAAAACCAGAUUACUGGGUCUGUCCCGAUCUCCAUAUUCAAUAUCUCAUCGCUGCAAAUUUUGUCAGCAUGGCAGAACAAUCUUAUAGGUGAAAUACCCAAAGAGAUAAGCAAUCUCAUUGAGUUGGAGGAGCUUGUUCUUGCUGAUAAUAGUCUUAGUGGUUCACUUGAUACGGAGAUCAUCAACAUAUCAGGGCUGAGAAUAAUUGAUCUUUCAUCCAAUAAUCUAUCAGGAAGCCUCCCACCAAACUUAGGUUCUAUCUUACCCAACAUUGAAAGACUUUUUCUGGGUAGCUUAACCAAUUUUGUUGGGACUAUUCCUCAUUCAAUAUCCAAUUGUUCAAAACUUUCUAUUCUUGACCUUUCCGACAACAAACUCACUGGAUUGAUUCCCAAUUCUCUUGGAUAUUUGACUCAUCUACAGUAUCUAAACUUGGAGGGAAACAAUUUAACAAGUGACUCACUGUUAAGCUUGCUGACAUCCUUAACAAACUGA